UCCUCGAAAAAGAUGUUUUGGAAUGCAACCCUAAUAAGUGAACACACAUUACCGGUGUCUGAAAUAUAACCUCUUUGUACAAACACUUGAUUCGAUUUUACUUCGUAUUAUACGUUCGGUAUAUAUUACUGAAAUAUUUCGUAAUAAAUGAUUUUUAUUGCUUCUUAAGAAAAUUCUUCAAGUGUUUAGGAUAUACGACUGUCGACAUGGAUAUGUACCAGCUAAGAAAUUUUAAAGAUUUCCUUCUGCUCUACAAUCAAAUAUCUGAAACCUGUUUCAAGAGAUGUGCUAAUACUUUUUUUACUCGAGAAGUUACUGCUAAUGAGGAUCUUUGUGUAAGUAACUGUGCACAAAAAUAUAUUCAUGCUAACCAUAAGAUAAUGGAGGUAUUUAUGGAAGUGCAACCUGUAAUGGUACGUAAAAGAAUGGAGGAGAUAAGCACGACUCAAACAGCAUUGGAAGCACAAGCACAAGAUCAGCAAACACAGAAUGAACAGAUGCAACAGAACUCAUAAUAAUACUUAUUAUAAAUUUAUAUAUUUAGAAGUUUAUUAAUCUCAAACAUUUUUUAGUAAAACACAAAUUGUACAAUUGUAUUGACACAUAUAUGAAAUGAUAGUAUCAAGAAAGAUUUUAUAUAUGUACAUACUGAGAUAUGUAUACUUAAAUAGAAUCAAUAUCUAUAUAUGAUCUAUAAAUCAUAUUUUUAAAGUAAAAUGUUUCAUUUUGUUCAUUAUACUUAAAUAACACAAUAGGGCAAUAUAUUUAAAUGACACACAAUAAGCAUAGUCCAAUCUUGCCAUUAGUAUUUUUGUAAAUACACUUUAUAAGCUAUUAAAGACAAAAUAUUUA